AUGGUCCCUGUCGUUCAUGCCAUUGAAUAUGUUUCCCAUGUGGGUGGGGAAUAUUCUACUUCUUUUGACAAAGAGUCCAGUCAAGACUAUGAGAUUAGUGAAAAAUUAGGGUUUGGAGAUGACUUUGUAGAGGUUGCAACACCUCAAGAGCCUUUUAUGAGUGAAAAUUUAAAUAGUGGUGUUGUUACUGCUAGUGUUGGGGAGUUGAGUAGUGUUGGUGUUGCUGGUUCUAAUGGUGAGGAGUUAGGCGAUGUAGAGAAAAACUUGGAUAGUGGUGUUGUUGCAACUGUUGAGCAGAACUUCAGUAGUGCACAAUUUGCUAGUAUUGUGGAAAAUAGUGAUUGUAGUGGUGUUGCAGCUACUAGUGAGCAGAACUUGAAUAAUGUUAGCUUUGAAAUAGAGAGUGAUGAUGGCAAUGAUGGGGAUGAUGAAGUAGAACAACCCGCAAGAAGGGAAGGAAAAAUAAGAAGAGCAAAAAGAAAUCAUAAGAGAAUUGUCUUUGAUCCUACUUGUAAAAAAAUUAUUUGGGAGCUUGGUCUUUGUUUUGAAAAUGUUCAGCAAUUUAGAAAAGUCAUUACUAUGUAUGUUGUACAAGAACACGUAGAAUUAGAUAAGUAUGUGAAUGAACCAAAAAGGGUGAGAGUAAAAUGUAUUGAUGGUUGUCCAUGGUUUUUGUUUGGAAACCAUGAUUCUAGAAAUGGAGAUUUUCAGGUGAAGAAGUAUAAUCCAGUCCACAUAUGUAAUGCCACAACCAAAAACAAACUUGUAAAUUCAAAGUACUUGGCAGAGAGAUACAAAGACAAGAUUAUAUCUGAGCCUAGUAUUAGAGCUUUUCAGUUUCAAAACUUGGUGAAAAAAGAGUUGGAGGUGUAUAUUGAAAGAACAGUGGCAAAAAAAGCUAGAACUAUUGUGUUGCAGCAGAUCAUGGGUGUAACGCCCUGA